AUGACGACUUUAGUACCAAGCAGUAAGAAUAAGACAAGACAACUGGUCGCGCCCUUCGAGAACGAUGAGAAUCCUUGGAUGAAAAAAUACCAUUGUCAAUGUAAAUCAUGUAAAAUGAGUGUACCUGUCCAACCUUGGCUGCCAAGAUUUUUCGUUUUUGGCGUCUUGUGCCCCAUUUUCUGGUUGGUGAAUCUUUUAAGCUGGUGGUUCUUACAGUUUUGGCAACCGCAUGAACUGGAAUUCCAAGACUUGCAAGAAGACGAAUACCCAGGAUUUUAUGAAUAUGAAGUCAUAACAAAAAAGUCGGUCAUACCCAUAAAGGAAGAAGUUCUCCAAGAGAUCCGCGCCAUGCAGGAUUUCAGUGAUAGCAACAGCGAAGAGUAUUACGAUAGCAAAAACAGCAUGCCGUCCUCUUUUCUAAACGUGAACGCGGAACAAGUCGAAGACGAAGAGGACACCUUGAAGAAAUACCGUUACGCGUUUCUGAAGAAGGUAGCCCACGAUGUCCUAGAGUCGCACGAUUUAUUACGUAAGAGCUUCCGCGACUGGAAUCUACGGUCUUUGCUCGGUCUCCUUGUCGACUCCAUACUCAUAAUAUUUGUAGUUCUCCUGUGUAAGAAAACCCGUUAG